AUGCCCGAAGUAAUAGACAUAUUGUAUAACAACACAAAUUGCUUUCACAACACCUAUAACUCAACACAAGUGCUGGACGUGUUUGGGCCGCACUUAUGGCGCAAACAGGAUGUGUUGGCCAGUCGUAUAAUGGAUGGCGCGGGCAAAGCGAGUUACGGCGAGGCGCCAUGGGCGGUUAGCAUUCACGUGACCGGCCGCAACGAGUUUGGUGUGAUUAACAUCGAUGACCCUCAUAAGCCCCAACCCGGCAAACAGGUUGCUUAUGAAAACAGAUGCAGCGGUGUUUUGAUUACCAAACGAUGGGUCUUAACGGUGGCCGACUGUUUCAGAGAGAAUAUGAUUGUAGGCAAAGCAUACCGUACGACAAAAGUAAUGAUUGGUAACUACGAUCUGUACCCGGAGGACGAGGUUAUGUGUGUGUCUCAACACUAUCAACACGGCGUCGGCACAGUUGGCGUCGUUCUGUGUCUACUCGAGAGGGACGUCGACAUCAAGAAUAAGAGUCGACAUUUGGUGGUCAACACCGUAUGUAUGCCUGAGACGGGUCGAGUGCCCAUUCACACCGAGUUGGCCACAAUGUUCGGCUUCGGAGUGAUUGAUUGGCAAAAUGUUACCAAUCAUUGGUUACGUAAGGGUGACGUCAAACUACAGCCGUCCAGCGCUUGUCCCGAUCCCUAUCCCGAAAAGCUGUGCUCCGAUUAUAAGAGAGACUUUGUGUCCACUCCCUGUUGGGGCGAUUUGGGCGCCGGUGUUGUUCAGUAUAUUGACAAAUACGAGACCCGCGCUAUACUGGUUGCCACACACGCCAAUCGGGGACAAUUUUCUCUCAAAAACUGUGGCCUCAAAGGCUUCACACCCGAAACCAUAUACAUAUUGUAUAACAACACUAAAUGUUUUCACAACAGCUAUAGUCCACAAACAGUGAUGGAUAUGAAUGGCCCGCACUUAUGGCGUAAACAGGAUCUGAUGACCAGUCGUAUAAUGGGUGGUCGUGUGGGCAAAGCGAAGUUGGGCGAAGCACCAUGGGUGGUUAGCAUUGUCAGCACUAGUUAUGAAAUAAAAUGGCGUUUUAAAUACUUCAAAAUUGAGUGCAGCGGUGUAUUGGUUACCAAUCGAUGGGUUUUAACGGCCGCCGAAUGUCUCAUACAUCAGGGGAAUAUGUUUCAAAAGACUUUUAUUAGGUCUGGUAAUAAUAAAGAGGAAUUACUGGGAAUAGUGAACGAAGUAAGUCAUAAUCAAUAUGGCAGCGGCCGCACAGACGGCGUGGCACUGUGUCGGCUCGAGCCGUACGUCAACAUCGAGGUAGAGCGUCAACUCAUGUCGAUCAACACCAUAUGUCUGCCUGUGUCGGAUCGAGUGCUCACUCGCACCGAGUUGGCCACAAUAUACGGCUUUGGAGUACAUGACCCGCAAAAUGGCGCUGAUAAUUGGUUACGUAAGGGUGUGAUUAAACUGCAGCCGUCCAGCGCUUGUCCCGAUCCCUAUCCCGAAAAGCUGUGCUCCGAUUACAAGAGAGACAACAUAUCCACACCAUGUUAUGGCGAUUUGGGCGCCGGUGUUGUCCAGUAUACUGACAAAUACGAGACCCGGGCUAUACUGGUUGCCACACACGCCAAUCGGGGACAAUUCGCUGACAAAGCAUGCCAUCCACAACACGAGCUCUUCAUCGAGAGUCACAGCGGAGACAAAGUGCAUAACCUCUGGAAGUGGAACUCAACCAUAAGGACAGACACCUCCUCGGCCUCCGAGCCCUUAGACCUCUUCGACACCGCAAUACUUCCCAAACAUCGUCGGGUAGACGUGUGCAAAAAUUAUGGCCAUCUAUUCAACGUCACCCAAUUAAAAGCCUGCGAUCUGUACGGCUGGGCCCAUCCACUGAAUACCCAAACACUAGACCCGACCCGCGCUUAUGUAGUCAAAUACCGGAGUCUGGAGAACACGUUUACGGCACCCGAUUGUAACCAAACCGAUGACAAGUGUAUUGUGACGUCCAUUCACUCCAAACCUUACGAUCAUUUGCGCGACUUUUGCCUCAAUUUUAUUGACAGUACAUUCGCGCCGAAGUAUAGCCACGAAAAGCGGUCACUCGUGUCCAUCAGUAUAGACAACGAAAGUUAUAGAAACGCCACAAAUGUUGCCGUUUUUAAACGGGAAAUGACCGGUAAAUCGAUACCUAAUCCCUAUUACAUGACUUACGCCGACGAUAGAGGAGUGGACACAAAGCACCUGGACUUAGACACCGAUGAAAGUGUACAUUUGUUGGUGGACUUUGGCGACGACUAUCCCCUAUUUGGUUGUCCGCAAAACUGUGUACUAAACUCCACGUUAACUAACAUCACAAUCGAUGAGAACAACAUAACACCGGCGUUUCAUUUGGAGAUAUUUUUUCGUUGCGUCGAAAAGCGGGUGCCGUUCAGUCCAUACGAGUUGUGCGCCAAUAACUAUACGUUUGAUCGGAUGUUAAGUUUGGGUUGGGAUCUGAUUCUGAGACGAGAUACAAGGUUUUGGAGAUCACAAUACAUGCGUUACACCGAAAAGGCCUAUCCUUACGACACGUUUGGCCAAAACAGUUUUGAUGACAUAUACGGGUUUACAUACAAAUCCAAAGACCAAUUCCCGUGCGAUAAGACAAAUACUGGUUGUUUGAGAGCCUUUGUCAACACUAAAUUUUAUCACAGCGUGUGUUUAUACGGACACAAUUAUAAGGUGCCAACGGGUGGACACAUAUUCAACAUCGAUAACAUGACAAUCGGUGCCUUUGUAUACAAAUGGGAUGGACUCGUGGUCUCCAAGAAUGGCGACAAUGAGGAGCACAAGAGGUUUUGCACAGACAUUGCUAGAGAGAUAAACUCGUUGUCCACCGGAUCUGCUAAUCAGAGGUUUGUGGCGAUGACUGCCUAUACAGAGGGCAGUGCAGCCAAUCUUCACAAUAACCUGAUUGUGGCCAUCGAUAGCGGCGGACAAAGCGAUUAUAAUAUCUAUCUGUUUAACUGGACGUACGAUCGGUUGCCGAUUGCACAGUCAGCCGAUGGUCACGGUAUACCCGGCACAGGCGAUGAAUUGAAUUGGUCUCAAAUGGUCUCAUGUCCGGCAAAAUACAUGACAUAUUCAGUGAUUAGUAGCUAUACUGAAGGCGUGUGUAAAGUUAACAGAGAGUAUGACAGCCGUCAGAGUAUUUUCAAUAUCGGUAAACGACUAUACCAUCAAACGGGCCGUCAUUUCUAUUACUACGAUAGAGAUGUCCACACCUUUCUCUACGAUAGACAUGUCACUCAACUUUUGGCCACUUAUUUCGAUACAAGGAAUCGGUUGACCGGCUUUUCACUCGACAUAAAUCACAUUCAAUCAAAUAAUUUUAACUAUUAUUAUGUGAUAAUUCACGGCAAGAGUAGUGACGCGUACCGAGAGUUAGGCCAAUAUAUAUACGGACUGUUUCUAUACAGCAAUAGCUACGGUCACGGAAUUCCCAUCCGAGUGCUGAUGCCAUUGUUUAAUAUACCCGCAAAUUUGCACCAUUGGUUUGGGCCCGACCUCAACAGUCCUAACCCCAACUUUUACUAUCAAUUGGUGUUCGCGUGGUAUCGCACACGUGAUAAGACUUUCCACAUCUAUAAUAUGCCCACCGUUUCAACCAAGACGUUGGUCGCAGUGCUCAGAAAUCAGAUCCCAUGGCUCCGAGUGUUCGCACCGUUUAUGAAUGUGUCGGCCGACGGGAAGGCUUAUACCUAUGAGUUUUACGACACCCGGUAUUUAGAGUUUGAUAAAGUGGUCGGCAUUUACUUAGACUUUGAGGAAAAUACUGGCAAAAAAUCGCCGCAUUUGGUCGCCAACUAUCGCGUCGAUGGGAAACCAUAUCUAUAUGAUUACGAUAUGCUUAAUUGGGACAGUCAUGAAGUUAUGAACUUAACAAUGAUCAAGACAAAAAUUCAAUAUUUACCACAUUAUUGUCGCGGAAGUGAAAAUCCAGACCAUGGUUUCUGUGGUGCGACCGAAAUCGUGGGCGCAUUUAAUUUGCAAAACCAUUACUUCUAUCACAUCCUAAACAAAAACUUGGAGUACGAGAUCUGGAGAGUGAAUGAAACCGUAAUUGGGUUACCGUUUACGGCGUAUCCGUUGAACUAUAAAGAUUUAGUCGAUUUGUGCGAUAUUGACGUGAAUGGGGUAAAAGUGAAUGAAAACAAAUACCAAUACAUGUGCCCAAUGGCCAGAGAGGUGGCCAACGAUGAUAACAUAGACUUGUUAUAUGUGCCAACGUUGACGGGGCGGCCAAUACUGGUGACAGUUCUCGGCCGUUCCUACGCCUAUAUCUGUCCCAACGAUUGCAAAGAUGUAACGUUUGAGAGACUUAUCCGGUGCGACGAAAAGCCAAAACCUUUCGCCCCGUUUGAUAUUUGCGGCCAAAAGCUUGAGUUUAAUAGUGUUUUCAGUUUGGGAUACGAUAUAUACUUCAAGCGAAACGCCAACUUUUGGCGAUACAAUAGUUUGGGUUUCACUAACCAGUCGUUUCAAUCGAAGCGUUUUGCCGGCGGGGGUAGAGUUGACAACAUUGACUACCGGUCAGACAUACCCGCACUUCUCUCCAGCAAACACAUUGCAAAUGAAACCACAAAUGAAAUCACAAAUGAGAUUACAUUUUCCAAGAAAGGCCUAAAACCGAUGCCUUUUGUAUACACACCCUAUGGUCUCGAGUCAUACAAAGAGUCCGAACAAAGAUAUCAAUAUUUCUGCAAACAAUUUGCGAUAUUUAUUGAACAAAAACACGAAACUUUGGGUCAAAAACACGACUUCCAGGCCAUUACUGGCUAUCAAUCAGAGAAUGAACUGAGAAAUACAGUAGUCGUGGCCAUCACAGCAACCGAUGGAAAUAUAGACUAUCAAUGACACGCCGUAUACGGACUGUUUGGAUACGAUUAUAACAGCGCCUGGGAUGGCAUUCAAACCCUAUACCCGAUCCCCGACCCCAACAAAACUCCCGACCGGUAUAUACUCGAGCAGACAUAUGGGCCGCACAUAAAAUGGGCCGAAAAACCGUUUCAACAAAUAUUAUUCGCCUUCCGGGAGGACUCGCAUCGGUUUCCCGAGUUAUACGUUGUGGACAGAUAUGAUCGGUACUCUAUUACCGUCGCCCACAUUAACGAGUCGUAUAAAAUGCAUUUACAGAUAUAUUACCCGUUCAUUCAUUUGCAGCACAACAUGGAGUUUAAUAGAUGUAGUCAAUCGCAUACACAUCGAGACCGUUACGGCAAUCCAUUUAGUGGCCAAUAA